AUGCACGACCACUUCCUGAAGCUCAGCUCCACCUUGCUCUCGCUCAGACACUACCCAGACAGGACUGCACAGUGUCUGGAUAUGAAUGAGUUCUACCUGGAUCUGAUACCACAGAAGGAGACAUGCAGAGUGGUGCUGCUCAGUGGGGGCUCAGGCUAGGGGGGUAGAGAGGAUACUACAGCCAGGGUCCUCAUCAGAGCCAAGGGUGGCUGGAGAUGUGCCUGUGUGAAAUCAUCCAAUGACUGGGGUGUCAUGCUGUAUCACACAGUAAGAUCUGUGCCUGGGCGGGGAGCUGUGUUUGGUGGCCGCUCCUCCCCACUUAACCCAAUCAGAACCCUCCUCAGAGUGACCGAUGAAUGUAACCUGCCUGACCCCGUUGCCCCUGACGGCCAGGCAUCAGUGAGGCUAUCCUUGAAGAGAAUGACGUGUAGUGGCAACCCGCCUCAACCAAGAUGGAGGCACACUCUGACCAUGGGUGACCUUCUCCGACCUCUCAGAGGUCAGAACUUCCUGUUCGUGUUUGGAGGCAGAGGCAGAAUUUUUGAUGCCCACUUCCUUUGUCUUGAUGGCCAGUGUUGGACUGAGAUUCCUAUAGAGGGUGAGCCUUGCUUCUCCCAUUCAGUCUGUCCAUAUGAAGGAGGGGCAGUGAUCUGUGGAGGUUUGGGUAGAGAAGGCGUUCUACUGGGGGAUACAGUCUUACUGAGGCCCACCACCACAGGCUUCUGCUGGGAGAGACUACACCUCCAACCCCCUCUAGUCUCCAGAUAUUCCCACAGUGUCCAUGUGAUUGGUGAUUGGGAUGAUGUUGGUGUGCCAGGGGUUGCUGUUACAGAUCUGACCAAAAGGGGCAGUGUGGAGCUCAGCCUGGACACUGAGUACCGUAGGCUUUGACCAUCUGCUGUACCCUGGCCUCUCAUGCUGCACUCCUUCUGCUCGGCACUCCUCGACUCUGACCAGUCGACAACGAUGGCUCUGAUUGGUGGGGAAGGAAACUGCUUCUCUGUUGUGACUCAUCACAACCCUCACCCCAUCACUGUAGACCUGAAACCUGUUCUAUAA